AUGUCUCAACCAAACUCACGUAGAGGUGUAAUUGACGAUUUUGACCGACCGAUGAUGGAAAGGACAAGAGCUGUAGCACCGAUGCCGGGAUCCGCUAUAGUUUUACCCAGCCUAGGAGAUUCAUUUUCAGUCAAAGGACACCACCUUAAGUUAAUUCAGGAUAACCAGUUCGACGGCCGAGCUAAUUCCGACCCUCACAAGCAUGUAAGCAAGUUCACUAGCCUAUGCAAAAUGUUCAAAUAUGGAGGAAACGUCACCGAUGACGAUGUGCAACUUAGCUUGUUCCCGUCGUCUCUCACCGGAGAGGCGCGUGCUUGGUUCGAUGAGCUCGAUGAAGGUACCAUCACCACAUGGAAUCAACUUCGCGAGGAGUUUGUUUCGCGAUUCUUUCCCCUGAGUUUAGCUAGGAAAAUGCUUCGAGACAUCAAAGCUUUCAAGCAAGACGAAGGAGAAUCACUAGUUGUUGCAUGGAAAAGGCUUAGGGAGAUGAUCAGAAACUGUCACGGGAAUGGACUUAGCAAGGAUGAGAUCAUGGAAAUCUUUUUCUAUGGUUUAACGAAGAGUUCCCAAAAGGAUUUGGACCUAGCCGGAGGUGGUAACUUUUUGUACAAGACUACUAAUGCCGUGUACAAGAUGAUGGAAGAUAUGGUGCAAGCAAGCUUAGCUCGAGAUGUAGAUGACAAGGAUCGAGAUAAAAAGUCAAGAAGCACCGUGGCUAGCAUCGAGAGCAACCCCGAUGAUGAGGUAAUCCAUGAACUUAAAGCUUUAUCUAACCGUUUUUCUACUAUUGAAGACAGGUUGAACAUUAUGGAUAAGGACCUCAAGGUGAUUGCACACGGGUGCAACAAAUGUGGGGAGAUGCAGUAUACCGAAGAUUGUGAAGAAGAAACCACCGAGCAACAAAGGAGUAACGGUCAACCGGAGCAACCAAAAGCGGAAAAUGAAGUCAAGGAGGACCCUAUUGUCAAGCUCACAAACAUGAUGGAAAAGUACAUAGACAUGAAUGACAAGAGGCAUGAUUCACUUGACAAGUAUACAAGGUUUUUGGAUGAGAAGAUUAGUAAUCUUGACCACAAGGUAGAUACGGUGACAAGAGACCAACAAUCCGCGAUUCUUGGAUUGGAAAAGAAACUGGAAAAGAUGAUGGCAUUAAAUGCAAGGAAGGAAAAUGGUGUUCUCCCAAGUAAUCCAAGGACGAAUCCUCUCUCAAACCCUAAUCCAAGUCAAAAGUACAUGGCAUACGGAGGCAAAAUGGAAGCGAAAUGGACAAAAAUUCAAUUCUGGAAUCUGUCCAGAACCACCCAGCGCCGCUGGAAUCACCCACCAGCGCCGCUGGUAGCCCUUCAGGUAACAACCAGCGCCGCUGGAAGCCCCCAGGCAGACCACCAGUGCCGCUCGUCUGUCACCAGCGCCGUUGGUGAACCCUGCAGUUCGGAUUCAGGCCAAAUUUCGAUUUCAGAUGGAGACUUAGGUACCCAACUCGCAUCCAAAUGCAAAAUGAAGGAUGGAGACAAUUUGGGCAGAAGUGAAAAAGUUCAGAAUCCCGACACGCAGAAUGAUGAAAAGCGGACAUCGCAAGCAAACGAGGAUCCGGGAAGUUUUCUUAUCCCUUGCACUAUUAAUGAUGAAUAUUUUUCGAGUGCAUUAGCUGAUUUAGGGUCAAGUAUUAAUGUAAUGCCUACUGCUAUUUUUGAAAGACUUACCCUAGGUUCGCUAAAACCCGCCAAUAUGAGUAUUCGGUUAGCCGAUCAGACUUACCGACAACCCAAGGGGAUUGUCGAACAAGUCCAUGUCAGGGUUAAAAACUUACAAUUCUGGACCGAGUUUGUUGUACUUGAUUCAAUUGAUGGAAUAGAUACACCUAUAAUCCUAGGUCGACCAUUUUUGCAUAUUGCCGAUGUAACCGUCCAUGUACUCAAAAGAGAAAUAACACUGUCUGACGGGAAAAAUGUGGUCAAAGUAUCUGACUUAGAUAGCAAAUUGAAUAUAGUUAAAGCAGAAUGCCUGAGUAUGGAAGUAGGGAAUGAUGAUCAAGAUGGUGGCAAACAAACUAGGAAAGGAAAACGUGAGGGCAGAAUAAGUUACGAAUGCUUUAGGAAUUUCAGAGAGAAAAAGGAGAAAGUAGAAGAACAAUUAAGAAAUGGGAGAGAAGUAGCCAAUAGGAUUAGGAAAAUACUAGGAAAUAUGAAAUGGGAGGAACGUGUAGCUGAACUUGAGAGGGACAAAAUGAAUGAAGUAAUGGCUAGAGAACCUUAUGGCAAGUUUUAUGGGGACCCUAGCAUUUUUCAAGUCCCUGGUCACAUUAAUUCAGUGUGUUUUGAAAAUACUUACAUGAAUGAAGUAAUGGCAAGUUUUAGAGAACGUGUAGCUGAACUUGAGAGGGACAAAAUGAAUGAAGUAAUGGCUAGAGAACCUUAUGGCAAGUUUUAG